AAAUGCAGACAACAGCGACGAGCAUCUCUCGACAAACGCGAGCACAGAGGCGGUGGUAGCGGUGCUUCGCGUUGGGUGUCGUCGUCAGUCCGCACUAGAUAGUAGGGAGGAGAGGAUUAAACAAGUCGGAGAGGGUCGAUCACAUCGUUCCUGUGUCGAUAAUAGCGGGUUGCUGCUGUUGUUGGCCUUGGGAUCGGAUCUGUCGAGACGAAGGUGACAGAUUGUGGACAUCGCCGUCAACGGGGGACUUUUGAUUCGUCUGCUUCGAGUGCGGGACGGCUGAUUGUGUUUCUUCGAUCUCACUGCAUUAUGGUCUCCGUUAUCAAUCAGAAUAUGGCAAGGUCGUCGUGGAGGUGGACUCUUCCAGGACUAGUCUUGGUAGUCCUGGCAUGCUUGGCCUGGAACGCCAGUCCUGCGCAAGGUCACGGCAGGCUCAUGGAACCCCCUUCGAGGUCGUCCAUGUGGAGGUUCGGUUUCAAGACCCCGCCAAACUACAACGACAACGAACUGUUUUGCGGUGGCUACGCGGUUCACUGGCAGCAGAACGGCGGCAAGUGCGGCGUCUGCGGCGAUCCGUGGCAUCAGGCUACGCCGCGUAACAACGAAGCGGGCGGAAAGUACGCCAAGGGUAUCAUCGUGCGUCGCUACAAGAGGGGAGAUGUGAUGAAGGCGUCAGUGCAGCUAACUGCUAACCAUCGGGGAUACUUCGAGUUCCGUCUGUGCCCUGUGAACGACCCCAAGGUUGCCGCCACCGACGAAUGCAUGGCCAAGCACCCGCUGGCCAUGGCUGACGAUCCUAGCGGAAGCACGCGCUACAUGGUGGACGCCCGCAAGCGCAACUUUGACCUGCGUCUCAAGCUGCCCAAAGACAUGACCUGCACCCAGUGCGUCCUCCAGUGGUCAUACACCGCAGGCAACAACUGGGGUCGGUGCGCGAACGGAUCCAGCGCCGUCGGCUGCGGUCCUCAGGAGACCUUCCGAGGCUGCGCCGACAUCGCCAUCCAAGACGACCUCGCCGGAGGAGAAGGCGGCCAAGGCGGAUUCGACGUCGGCGCCGGCGAGGUUCCCGCCGCGCCUCGUCUCCCGGCCUCCACGAAGAAACCCGCGACGCCCCAAGUGCCCUGGUGGGUCAAGGGAGGCCCCAAGGUACCCGUGACGCCCAAGAAGCAGCCGCCUCACCGCGGAUACCCCUGGAAGACCGCUCCGACCCGCAGGCCCUACCACGAAGUCGAAGGCCACACCAAGCAGGUGCCCACAGCCGUGCCCGCCGAGCCCAGGCCAGUGUACCCGGGCAGCGCCUACCCCGGCGGCAAGCCAGAGGUCGAAGGCGGAUCCGAAGACGGAGGCCAUGGAGGACAUGGAGGGCAUGGAGGCCAUGGAGGCCAUGAUGGCCACGACGGCCACGACGGCGCGCCCACUCAAGCCUACCCCGACGAGUCGUUCGAGAAGACCACGACGGAGUAUCCGCGUACCAUGAUUCCCAAGAGGUACUCGCCUAAGAACAAAUGGACCCCCGCGCCGCCCAAGGACACCAAGAACAAGCCUCCUUUUGCCAAGGGUCCCGCAAACAAGCCUGGCGGCACCAAGGAAGUCUUCGGAGGCUGUAAGGGUGUAGGCAUGUACAAGCGAAUCCCCGGACUCGACAAGUGGUGCUGGGACAACUGCCACAGGGGUUACUGCCCGCCCACCCACUGUACUUGCCACUAACGUUUCCGUGGACUGCAGUCUGUUCGAAUUUUAGAGUCUCCUUUGUUUUUCCCAUUUAUUUCUUGUUGACGAUGUCUUUCCCACAACGCGACCCCCCCUGUUGCUGCUGCCUCGCACUAACUGCAAAGCCAUUUCUUCUUCAUGGACUCUUCCACCGUCGAGUGCAAGGUUGCUCGCCGUCUUCGAGCUUGCACUGGUGGCUGGCACUUUUUGUUCUCGUUACGUGUCUAUUUACGUACACCACAUCUGCACGGGGAGUGAGUUGAGCUGCCCGAUGAUACGUGUUUUCGACUUGUGUGUGAAUGUUUAUAAGGCUGUAUUUAUUUGUCCGCGUGAUGCAUUUGGAACCCGGUGACUAGAUGAAGGAUCACACAUGCAUAGAGAUGCGCAGUCUCGAGUGUCUGAAGGGAAACAUCCUAUCACUGAAAGCUUGACCAGCCUGUCGAAAGUGUAACACUGGGCAUUCGUCCACGCUUAUAGGUCAUCCUAAACGCGUGGGCACUCUGGACGGCUGGCUACGACGCUGAGAAGCGCAUGGCGUGGUUUUGUUUCUGAAUUACAAACCAGCACAUCUUUACUGCCUAGACGUCUUUCAUAAACAUACCGAUGACACCGCCUUAGCGGAGGCACUAUACACUAAUGAGCCAUAGCAAUGGAGAUUGAAAGAUAAUGUUACAUAAGGAUACACUAACAUAAGACAAAAGGCUCGAAGGAAAAGUACGUUUCUUUGCGAGCCUCCAGGAAUUGUUUCAAAGCAAACAUAAUUAGAAAGGAAGAUAAACUUUGUCCCAGGCUCGAUAAGUAAUCGCAAGCCUUUUAUUUAUACACUCCAUACACUUGCUGAGCAACUGAGCAGGUUCAGUUCACAGGUUCACAAACUAAACUGGCAGGGGCGGGAGCCUACACACGCAUUAUCAUGAGAAAAUGAUAAUUAGCAAGGAGGGAGAUAGAAAGCCUCAGGUGAGGGACCCUCGCUGUGCGAGAUGGCUUCUGACUGCUGUGCCAAGUUGAGCGCGAGGUGCAUGAGCGUUGCGCGACGCUCGACAUCUUCACCAUUUGUGAGCGAAGUGUACAUACUGCGGCUCCUAUUUAAUUUUCAACUGUGUGCAUGCUUCUCAUCCGUGCACAUCCAUGUCGCUUGCAUCUUUUCCUCUCAACGAGGGGUCAUGAAUUAUUUAUUUGCCCGUCUCAGUGCGAGAACUAUAAAAUCCUGUUCGCGCUCAUCCUUGUUCAUCUUUCGCUGUGCCGUGAGUGUGGGAAUUUCACGUGUGCCCUCAUAUAUAUAUACAUAUAAUUUAUAACUACGCGUUCUUUUCUUGUUAUUGUUGUUGAUUCUUACUUUUUUAUUCGGUUCACGGGACCGACGUGUGAAGUGGCAAUAAAAUAAACGUGCCCAACUGCGCCACACUCGAAGUGCUCA